CAUAGAAAAGGCAAUUAUGUAAAAAAAUUAAAUGGUGAGAGUAAAAUGAGGCGCAUAAAGAAAAAUACUCAGCAGCUCCUCUAUAUCAUUAGGCCAUUGAGUCACGCCGCCGCCUCCCCCUUCCCCAAAGCCCCAGCUCCCUCUUACCUCUUUCUUCCCAUUCCCUCGCUGUCACUGUCUUCGAAGCCGCAUCACUGAAGCAAUUCGUCGGUGCUUUUCGCAGGAAGAUGACAACUAUUGAAACAGAAAUGGAUCAGCCUCCGAAAAAUAAGGUUUCUACUGCCACUGCUAAGAUUCAAAGUUCAGCUUCGUCAUUCAAAAGAUGGGGAAGGAAGCAUCCAUUUGUCAGAUAUGGGCUUCCCAUGAUUUCACUCACUGUCUUUGGGGCAGUAGGCCUUGGUCAUUUGUUGCAAGGCAGUUCAGCAAGGAUAUUGCAAAGGUGAAGGAUGAUCAAGAAUGGGAGAUUAUUGAGACAAGAAAUGCAUUAUCUAGAACAGGGCCUGUAGAAGCAUACAAUCCUAAAAAGACUACACUGGAAGAGGAGUUAAAGGCUUUGCAAAAGAAAAUGGACAUAAACAACUACGAGUACAAAAGAAUUCCAAAGCCAAAUGAAGGCAAGUCAGGCUAGUCUCUGGCUCAUUUCUAUCUACACUGUACUACGAGAAAUUUUAGAAUACAACCGUUGUAUUAUAACCAUUAAUCAUGGUGGAUCCUAUGUGAGUUUCACCAUAAUCAAUGUUUAAAAUCUAUCCAUUGUACAUACGACGGUUGUACCAAAUAAAUUUUCCUAUAGUACCCCCCACUUCUGAAUAGAUGUAAUAGUAGCAUCCAGUUUGGGGUUGAAUUAACUUGAUAUAGAUGGUAGUUGGUUAUAAUUAUAUUCAAAACACAACUGUAGUAGUGAACUGUGUUGUCUUA